CCAGACGGGAGGGUCCAAGCCAAGGGCCACAUAUGACGGGUCUGUCCACCAAAUAAGGGAUGAUAAGAAGGGAGAGCAACCCAAGAGGCCAUGGACGGAGAAGUGAUGUACAUACCACCAAUCCGACUCCCACAAUACGGCGGAUUGCCGAAAUGUCAAGGUUGUGCUCAAGGAGAUGGCCUUGAAGGGAGAGCUUGGGGAAGGUUACGCAACGGGGAAUAAAAAGGACUUGAAAGCGAACACCUGGACCCGUCCUCAGGGAAAAGACCAGGGAAGGAGAAAAUCCGGGAAGGAUAACAAGCAGCUGGAUAAAGAAUUCAUCGAUAUGAUUGUCGGCGGCCCAGAAGGCGGGGACACUGGCUCCCAGCGGAAUAAUUGGGCCAGGAGCUUGCACGUAGCGGUGGUUUCCCUGGAGUCACAAGGGAAGCAGGCAAGGAGGGAACCUAUCACUUUCACUGAUAGGGAUAUGCCCAGGACGGGGGGAGAUCAUAAUGACCCUUUGGUCAUUACAAUAGACAUCAAUGGGGCUGAUGUGGCCAGGGUCCUGGUUGACACAGGAAGAAGUGUCAAUGUUUUAAACUUGGAUGCUUUCAAGAAAUUGAAGCUUGACAGGUCCAUGCUAAGGCCGCUACAAACUCCAUUGUCAGGCUUCACUGGAGCUAGCAUAGAAGCGGAAGGUCAGAUCACCUUACCAGUUACCUUGGGGUCAGGUAAUAGGACAGUGACCAAACAAAUGAGAUUUGUUGUGGUCGACAUCAAGUGGGUACAUAAUGCCAUUCUUGGUAGACCUGGAAUCAAUCAUGUCAGGGCCAUCAUUUCUAUGGCACACUUAUGCAUGAAGUUCUACACUCCCAACGGGAUCGGGGAGGAAAGGGGUGAUCAAAAGAAUGCCCGGUCCUGUUACCUAGAAGCGGUCAAGAAGAUGACCCGCCAGUUCGAACAAAUUGAACUGGUCUCCCAGCAGGUAGACAAGGGUGAGGAGAAGGCUAGGAUCGAGCCGGACGCAAACACGGAGGAGAUCCAGAUUGAUGCUUCCAAUCCUGAGAGGAAGGUCAAAAUUGGGGCUGAUCUUCAAGACGAGCUAAGGACUGAGAUUGUCCAGGUGCUGACCAGGUAUAAAUCCUUGUUUGCCUGGAGUGUUGCUGAUAUGCCCGGAAUUGACCGGUCAGUCAUUUGCCAUCGUCUCUCUAUUCUUGAGGGGUCUAGGCCCGUAAGACAGAAGAAGAGAUUCUUGGCAAGUGAAAGGAGGGACUUUGUGAAGAAGGAGGUCAAGGACCUACUUGAGGAAAAAGAACCGGCCAAGGCCAUCACUGAGCCAUGGUGGUCCAUGUUGGUAGAUGGAGCUUCCGGGCGGAAAGGUUACGGGGGUGGUGUGGUAUUCACAACUCCGGAAGGGUUCACGGUAUAUCAUGCCUUGAUCUUUAAUUUCAAGCUCACAAACAAUGAGGCGGAGUAUGAGGCAUUGAUAGGGGGUCUGAGAUUGGCCAAAACCCUACAAAUCAACUGCCUCAAGAUUAAAUCCAAUUCGAGCUUGGUGGUAGGACACAUCAAUGGCAACAUGGAGGCCAAAGGAGAAAAAAUGCAGAGGGGGGAGAACACCGAUGCAGACUUGCUAUCGAAAUUGACACAAGCAGCCCCGGAGCAUGUGUCCAAGCUGGCCAGGAUUGAGACGCUAGAGAAAGCCAGCAUUGAUGGGUUUUCUGUUAGCAUGAUAGAAGAAGAUGGACAGCCCAAUCCAGAUCGGGUGGAGCCAGAUGAUAUUUGGAUGAAUGACUUGGUCAGGUAUUAUAUGACCGGGCAGUUCCCUGAGGAUGAGGACAGGGUGAGAAAAAUAAAGUUGAGGGCUCCAAGAUUCCAAAUGCUUGAGGGAAGGCUAUACAAAAGAGCAUUCGGCGGUCCUCUGCUAAGAUGCUUGACCAGGGCAGAAGCGGAAAGAGUGAUCGCCGAAGUUCAUGAGGGUGUUUGUGCAGCCCACCAAAUGUCCAGGACACUCGCACAAAGGAUCAUUCUGCUAGGUUAUUUCUGGCCUACAAUGAACCAAGAUUGCGAGAAGUAUGUCCAAAGGUGCAAGACUUGCCAGGUGUUCUACAAAUUUCUGGGAAGGCCUGCAACAUACUACCACCCAGUUUCCAAUGUUAUUCCAUUCGCAAAGUUUGGGAUGGACAUCAUUGGAGCCUUCCCUCAAGCUCAAGGGAGGAAGAAGUACGUAAUGGUUGCUAUCGACUACUUCACAAAAUGGGUAGAGGCCGAGGCAUAUGCAACCAUUACGACCAAGCAAUGCCAGCGCUUCGUUUGGAAGAACAUCAUCAUUAGGUUUGGGUCUCCGCGGAACAUCGUGACGGAUAACGGGCCUCAAUUUCGGAAUCCAGGGUUCACCAAAUACUUGGAGGACUUCGGGAUUACUCACAACAAGGCUUCCGUGGCCUACCCGCAAGGGAAUGGCCAGGUGGAGAAUGUGAACCGCACAAUAGUGGAUGUGAUCAAGAAGCGGUUGGGUGAGGCAGGAACAAAUUGCAAAAAAAUGACCUUCCGGGAAAAGAUCUAUGAGGAAAAAGGGAAUGAGGAAGAUCAUUUGGCAGAGUUGAACUUGCUGGAGGAAAGGCAAAUGGUCGCCGAGGCCAAGAUGAUUGAAUACCAGCAAGCAGCCAAGGCCUACCAUGAUAACAGGGUAGGGCCUCGGUAUUUCCAAGUGGGUGACGAGGUCUUAAGACGAAGGGAGGCCAGCAAACCAGGAGACGGGGGAAAGCUCGCAAAGAAAUGGGAAGGCCCAUAUAGGGUAACAGCAAUACUACGCCCUGGGACAUACAAGUUAGAAACAAUGGAAGGUCGAGAGUUGGAAAGGUGUUGGAAUUCCCACCACCUUAGAAAAUUCUACCGAUAGGCCAAAUUGGCAGGGCAUAUAUUUGUAAUACCCCUUCAAUGAUAAAUAAGAGCUUUCUUCAAUACUUGUGUUGCUAGGUCAAUAAUACUAAAAUAACAUG